GCAAGGCGUUUGGCUGUGUUGGAGGCUACAUCGCCAGUACCGACGCCCUGGUGGACACGGUGCGUAGUUACGCUGCAGGCUUCAUAUUCACCACGUCUCUGCCUCCCAUGCUGCUGGCGGGUGCCCGCGAGUCCAUCCAGACCCUUAAAGGGGAGGAGGGGCGCGCCCUCCGGAGGAAACACCAGCGCAACGUCAAGCUGCUGAGACAGAUGCUCAUGGACUCCGGACUGCCCGUCGUCCACUGUCCCUCUCACAUCAUCCCUGUCAGGGUGUCCGACGCGGAGAAGAACACGGAGAUCUCUGACAUCAUGAUGAGUCGUUACAACAUCUAUGUCCAGGCCAUCAACUAUCCCACGGUUGCCAGGGGGGAGGAGCUUCUUCGCAUCGCCCCCACGCCACACCACACCCCUCAGAUGAUGAUCUACUUUGUCGAGAAGUUGGUUCAGACGUGGAAGGAGUCCGGCCUACCUCUGAAGUCCCAAUCUUCAGCGGGCUGUAACUUCUGCCAGCAGCCGCUACACUUUGAGCUGAUGACUGAGGGAGAACAGUCUUACUUCAGAGGCCUGAGCCACCCCAUCUCCGCUCACGCAUGAUGACACCUGGGAAUACACGAAACCCCAUUCCUCCGUCACGGUCAUUGGCACCUUUUUAUUACCUUGCCAGUGCGCUACUUUAUCCACCACGGGGCCGUAGGGCUCUCGUCAAAAGUAGCACACUAGCAAGGGAACAGGGUACCGUUUGUGACAUCAUAGACUGUAUAUUUUGUAUUUUAUAAGUGUCAUAACUUAUUGAUUAUUCCAUGGGCACUAGAUUGUCUAAAUAAAUAAAUAUAACUUUAA